AUGAAGUUUUCAUCAGCCUUUUUGGCAGCCGUGGCUUUCGGCGUCGCCGCUGCCCAGUCAUCCACUGGUGGUAUUUGGCAGAGACCCAGCAAGCUUCCCACGCAAAAUCAAAUCACCUCCCAUGGCUGCUUCAACGCAAAUGCUACCUCGUGGAAGAAAUACCCCGUGGAUAACCUGAGUGUGGGCAGUUGCACGGGAGAAUGCAAGGACAAACAGCAACAGGAGGUUGCUGCCAUCAACGGCGAAGAUUGCUACUGUGGUAACGAAUAUCCGCCAGCGGACUCUCUUGUUGCCGACACCAAGUGCAACUUCCCCUGUCCAGGCUAUAACUUGGAGGCCUGCGGUGGUGUUGACCUUCCUACUUUGUUCUACUCGGUUUACAACACUGGCAUCAAACUAGUUGUGCCAAACGCGCAGCCUGUGUCGACCUCGGUGGCCUCUACUGCCAAGCCCACAACAAGUUCACCAGGCCCCAUGCAAACGAUCAUUGAGACUCCGACUACGGAACCGACGCCCACUGGUGAUUCCAAGAAGGGUGGCACAAACGUAGCCGGCAUCGCCGCCGGUGUCGUUGUUGGCGUUGUCGUCAUUGCUGCCAUUGUCGGAGGCGCCUUCUUCUUCAUCCGUCGCAAGCGCAACCAGGAGAUUGAGGAGGAGCACCGCCGCAACGCUGCCGUGAACGCCUUCAUUGGCGGUUCCAAGCCUCCCAGCAGCAGCGGUGUCUCCAUGACGGACUCUCGCAUGGAUCCCACGCUUGCUCACCGCCGCAUGAGCGACGGAAGUAUCGCGGACAACCAAGAUUACUCGCGAAAGAUUCUUCGAGUGAGUUACAAACGCAUGAACAACUCACGUCGCGACGACCAACGACGAGCCUACGGCUACUAA